AUGGAUAAGUCUUGGAUUCAUCAUCAUGCUAGGGGUAGUGAAGGGUACAAUAGAGGCAUAAGAAACUUCAUAAAGUUGGCUAACAGACAUAAAGAUGGGCAGGGUAGGAUCAGAUGUCCGUGUCGUUUGUGCAAAAAUACUGUGUAUAAGCCAAUUAAGGAGGUUGAAAAACAUCUAUUUCAGUGUGGGAUGUACAAGUCGUAUACUAAUUGGAUAUGGCACGGGGAGGGUACUGUUAACAUCACUAGUACUGUUAAUACAGAAUAUGAUGUUAAUACCGACAAUGGGGAUAAUGCCGAUGAGGGACGUGGAAACGAAGACAAUGUAUUUGAACAGCUGGAUAAUGUACGAAUGGGAACAUUCACUAAUGCAGAACAAGCAGAAGAUCCACUUGAAGUUGAUGUGGGAGACGAAAGAUUUAAGAAAUUGCUAAAUGACGCACAAUGUGAAUUGUGGCCAGGUUGUCAGAAAAACUCUAAGUUGUCAGCAAUAUUAAAGUUGUUCCAUAUGAAAGUUGUAGGCCGAAUGACCAACAAAAGUUUUGACAUGUUGCUUAAGUUGCUAAAAGAGGAGUUGCUUCCUGAUGACAACACGUUGCCAAAGUCAUAUUACGAGACUAAAAGCUUGUUACGUGACUUGGGUCUCGGAUACGAUUCCAUCCAUGCAUGUAAAAAUGAUUGUGCUCUAUUCUGGAAGGAGAAUGAAGGUAAAGAAUGUUGUCCACAGUGUGGUGAGUCAAGGUAUAAAUCUCGCGAAGGUAAAGGUAAGAAAAUUCCUCAAAAAGUUCUACGAUACUUUCCUUUGAAACACAGGCUUCAACAAUUGUUUAUGUCAAAGGAUACAGCCGUAGACAUGCGGUGGCAUAAGGAGAAACGCGUCAAAGAGACAAAUGUGUUAAGACAUCCAGCUGAUUCAAAAGCUUGGGAGGAAUUUGACAAUAAACAUAGUUGGUUUGCUGCCGAUCCUCGUAAUGUUCGUCUCGGGUUAGCAUGUGAUGGUUUUAAUCCAUUUGGUAACAUGAGCAAUGCUUAUAGUAUGUGGCCUGUAAUUAUUGUGCCUUACAAUUUGCCACCUUGGAUAUGUAUGAAGGAACCAUAUAUGUUUAUGUCAUUGCUUAUUCCUGGUCCUAAAUCACCUGGUAAUGACAUUGAUGUGUACCUGCGACCGUUGAUCGAUGAGUUGAAAGAAUUGUGGAUGGAUGGUGUGAUGACAUAUGGUGCCUAUAGCAAAUCUCACUUUAACAUGCAUGCGGGGUUGAUUUGGACUAUACAUGAUUUUCCCGCCUAUGCGAUGACAUCCGGAUGGAUGACAAAGGGUUAUAUGGCAUGUCCAAAUUGUAACAAACACACAUGUUCUUGUUAUUUGAGUCAUGGAAAGAAGAUAUGUUACUUGGGAGCUCGUAUUUUUUUGUCAUCCGAACACGCUUAUAGGAAGCGUUAUAAGCAAUUUAAUGGUGAGAAGGAAGAAAGACAGCCACCAAAGCAGUUGACUGGUGAUGAUAUUCUAGAACAACUUAAUCUCAUACCCGAGGUUAGAUUCGGAAAAGGACCAAACAAUAAGAAGCGGACUCGUGGGAAGGAGGAACUUAAUUGGACAAAAAAGAGUAUAUUCUUUGAAUUGCCUUAUUGGAGAACGCUUUUGUUGCGGCACAACUUGGAUGUUAUGCACAUAGAGAAAAACAUAUGUGAUAACGUAUUGGGGACAUUAAUGAACAUUGAAGGAAAGACGAAAGAUACGUUCAAAAGUCGGAUGGAUUUAGAAGAAAUGGGUAUUAGAAAAGAACUUCAUCUUAGGCGCAAUGGUGAGAAAUUUGAGAUGCCACUUGCGCGUUACACAUUGUCAAAGGAUGAAAAAAGGCAAUUGUGUGAUUGGUUAAAGUCGGUGAAAUUCCCAGAUGGUUAUGCGUCGAACAUAAGCCGUUGUGUGAAUGUCAAUGAAUGUAAGAUAUCUGGAUUGAAAAGUCAUGAUUCACAUGUUCUCUUACAGCGUCUCCUCCCUCUAGCUAUACGGGGAUUGUUACCCGUUGAUAUUUGUAAUGCGAUAGCAGAGCUUGGUUUAUUCUUUAAGGAGAUGUGUUGUCGGACCCUUAAAAUGGAUGUCUUAGAGGCAUUAGAAAGGGACAUUGCUGUUAUAAUAUGCAAGUUAGAGAUGAUAUUUCCUCCAUCAUUUUUUGACAUAAUGGUGCACUUAGCUAUGCAUUUGCCACGUGAGGCUAUCAUCGCAGGACCUGCCCAAUAUCGGUGGAUGUAUCCCAUUGAAAGGUUUUUACAUACUCUUAAGUCUUAUGUGCGUAAUAAGGCACGUCCUGAAGGGUCCAUUGCCGAAGCUUAUGUGGACAAUGAAUGUGUUACAUUUUGCUCAAGGUUUCUUCAAAGGAUUGAGACACGAUUUAAUCGAGAAGAAAGAAAUCACGAGGGCGACUAUCGUACCAAUUGGUCCACUUUUUCACAGCUAAGGCAAGUGGUUCGUCCUUUAGGGUCUGGAAGUUUAGAAAUACUUGACAUUGCAAGCAUACAAAAGGCUCGAUUCUACGUGUUAAAUAAUUGUCCAGAAAUUGAGUCAUACGCACUUGCACACAAGGCUACACUUGAGCAAGAAAAUACGGUUAAUGUACAAUCCAGACACGCAAAAGAAUUUCCCAGAUGGUUGGAAACACUGAUAAAGGAAGAGCGUUAUCAUAACAAGUCAACAAUUAAUGAUGACCUUUAUUCAUUAGCGUGUGGACCUGAAUCUCGGAUACAUCGAUAUUCUGGUUGCAUUGUAAACGGAGUUAGGUUCCAUACAAAGGAAAGGGAGAGAAAUCGAAGAACACAAAAUAGUGGUGUGUUAGUCAAAACAGAGGACCUUGAUUACUAUGGCGUCUUGACAGAUAUCAUUGAGUUACAAUACCCUUUGAAAAGGCGGGUUGUCCUAUUUAAAUGCGAUUGGUUCAACACAAAGACUGGUAUUAAGAGUGAUACUUAUUUUAGGAGCAUAAACAUAGCCCGUAAAUGGUACAAAGAUGAGCCUUUUGUGUUGGCUAAUCAAGCUAAACAAGCCUUCUUCGUCAAAGACAGCAAAUUACGAGGGACGUGGGAGGUCAUUCAAGAUAUAACACAUAGAAGCUCCUAUGAUGUUCCUGAAAUGGAGGAUGAUAGCAAACUUACAGCUGAAAUGUGUACUGCAGCAUAUCAAGAGGAUGAACCAUGUAUUGUGGAUAGGGUUAUUGAGGCGGCAAACUUUGACAUGGAUCCACUCCCUUUGAAUAGGGAUGGCUUGGAGGUUGAAAGUAUUGAUGCUGAAAUAAUUCUUAAAACUAGUCAAGAAUCACGUUAUGAAUUUGACUUUCUUGAAGACAAUGAUGAAAUCUCCAUUGAAGACAAUUCAGACGAGGAAGAAGAAUUGCUUAGUGAAGAUGAUACUGAUUUGGAUGACAUGUGA